AUGGACAACUCAACAAGCACGCAGCCCAGCGGCCCCGAGAAGCCUGCUGCCGCACGCUUCAGCACGCCUCACGAAGCCGUCAACAACCAGCCCGCUCCGCAACAGUUCCAGCCCAUGGAGCUGCCAAAACCCGAGCCAUUCAAGACCAGCAAGCCGUUCGCCGUCGCCAAGCUGGUGCUGGGUUCCUUCAACCUUGUAUUCGCCAUCGUAGCCCUCGGCCUGACGCUCGGCCUCGUCACGACAUCUUAUUCUCUCGACUCUUUCAUCGGCGUGAUCAUUUGCUUAUCCCUUGCCGUCGCAUCCAUCAUCUGGCAGCUGGCUGAGCACAUCACCCUCGCCGUGCGCCGCAGCUGGCGCUCGAUCCACCCGGGCGCACACGUGGGCGUGCACCUCGUGCUGUGGGUCCUGGCCAUCCUCAUCGUGCCCUCGCUGUGCCUGAGCCUCGUCUACGAGCUGAGGGACUACACCAUCGACAGCGAGUGCGAGGAAAACAACACGGGCUACUACAGCUCCUCGAACUUCUACUGCGACUACUACAGCUUCCCCUCGCAGGCCGCCGCCAACAAGUACUUCCAGAUGAUGGAGGCCCUGACGGCCUUCAGCGUGUUCCUGCUCAUCUCGCACUUCACCCUCUUCGUCAUGGCCUGCGUCGAGACGGACCGCAGGAGGAAGUACGGCAAGAAGACAAAGGUCGUGUACCUCGUCGCCGCGCCGGGGCCGACUGACGGGCGCAUGUACUACACGCCCCUCUCCCAGGGGAACAGGACGUCGGUCCUCGCGCCCCAGCCUGCCCACCACCAGGGUAAUGCCGAUCCUGGAGCUCACGGCUAUUACGCCCCGCCCUCUGGAGUGGCUCCGGGGACGGCGGCAUAG